UCAAACUCUCCUGGUCUUUGCAAAAAAUCAGGGGGGUGGGGGCUUGCUUGGGGGGUUUUGGUUUUGGUUUUGUGUGUGUGUGUGUGUUUGGCAAGAGAGAAAAUAACGAUUGGUUUGGGUUGGUAGUGGGUUUUAGGGGGGUGCUUUGGGAAGUGGGCGGCUGUGGAUCUGCUUGAAACCCGUUUCCCUUUGCUUUCCGCUAUUCCCGUCCCAUCGUCAUUUUCCAAGCUUUUUCCUUUCCAAAUUCCAAACCCCUCAUUUUUUUUUUUUUUUCUUUCUCAGGUCCUGGGCUUUGAAGGAGAAAUACUAAAACAUAUAAAUGGCUUCGAAGCGUAUCUUGAAAGAGCUUAAGGAUUUGCAGAAGGAUCCCCCGACUUCUUGCAGCGCUGGUCCUGUAGCCGAAGACAUGUUUCAUUGGCAAGCUACCAUUAUGGGACCCCCUGAUAGCCCAUACUCGGGAGGUGUUUUCCUAGUUACUAUUCAUUUUCCUCCUGAUUAUCCCUUCAAGCCCCCUAAGGUUGCUUUCCGGACUAAGGUCUUCCACCCAAACAUCAAUAGCAAUGGAAGCAUUUGUCUUGAUAUCCUCAAGGAACAGUGGAGCCCAGCUCUUACAAUUUCAAAGGUAUUGCUCUCAAUCUGCUCAUUGCUGACUGAUCCCAAUCCUGAUGAUCCUCUUGUACCUGAGAUUGCUCACAUGUAUAAAACUGAUCGGGCCAAGUACGAAGCAACCGCACGUAGCUGGACUCAAAAGUAUGCCAUGGGAUGAUAUUGCCUUAUCCAGCUUUUUAAUGUUUUUGGUUUUUGGGGGAAUGGUUGGGGGAUGGGUGGGUUUAUCAAUUUUGGAAGAAGAAAAAGAAAAACUGUGUUCUUCCACUAUUAAGUUAUAUUACAAGAGAAAAGGUAUGAUCAAGAUGUUCUAUUUUUCUGGUGGUGUUGUUAUGCACACUUUGUUGCUUGAUGCUGUUGUGUGUAGAAUAGUCAGUAUUGUAUCACAACUGAAGGUUUUGAGGUUUCAAGCUCAA